CCGAAAAUUGGGCAACUGUGGUAAAGACGUAAUAUCUCGAGGCAUGCUCGCAUGGUUGAAGACAAAGCGAAGUGGCGGUCUGAUCAUCAAUCAACGCCGAUGACCUCGCCAUAGAAUAUUCAGCACUUUGCAUCCCAUAGAAAUUCUAGGAACCACGUGCGGCCAUGGAGGACCACGAACUGACCCACGAUGAGUUGGUGUGGGCGAACCGGAUCAAGGAGGAGCUGUGGAAAUCGACGAGGAUAAAGGACGGUUCGAUAUCGGAUUGGGAAUGCGUCGAGUUGGCAUUGACAUCGAUAGAGAGAAGUCAAGACCUGCAAGUUGCGGAAGACCAAGCAUGGAAGCUUCAGUGUUUUCGAGAGCACUACAAUUUCGAGGUUGACAUGAAAGAAGCAGAAGCCAUGCAGUUGUUGCGCGAUAUCAUUCUCCAGAUGCCAGGCAGCAUUUUGGGUUUGGACUAUCUGCGGGAUAGUGGCCAUUACCUCUUUGUCUACGACUUUGCCAAAUUCUUCCCUGACAGAAUUCAGACCGAACGCGAUUGGAGAAGCCUCAUGGGUGGCUUUUAUGUGUUGCAUCAAAUCAUGAAUUCCAACUUGAGUUCUAUACGACAAGGGGCUUCUUUCAUUUUUGAAUGUGAGGGUGCAGGAUUCCACAAUAUGGAUCCCGCAGUGGAACAGCGCUGGUUGAUGGAAUUUGGCAGUUUCUAUCCACUCAAAAAACACGAGAUACAGUGGAUCCAUGCCCCUUCUGUGGCUGUAAUGAUGUAUUCCAUGGUCAAACGAUUCGUCCCAGCAGCGGAUCACCAAGUCAACAAAAUGUGUGGGGACCUAGAGGGAUUUGAAGGAGGGAGAAUAGAUCAAUUGUACAAUCAACCGACAUUGGAAGUAGCACAGGAGCAUUUGAUACAACGUCUCCCGCAGUGCCUUCGAGAGCGCAUGAUAAAUCAACAGAACUUUCUGUUGCCGGUUCCCACGACCAGACCACAUGCACCACCCACAAUGAGUAUCACUGCCGAACCAGUGGACGAUGACGACAAUGCUUCCGUGAUUAUGGAAUUUGAAGAGGACGAAUACUACUCCGAUGGCUAGCUAGCUAGAAAUCCAUUGGCUGGCCUUUCGGGCCGGGCCCAUGAAGCGGGGAAGAACACCUUUCGUGCGAACCUACCGAAUGAAGGUUCUGAACAGAUGUUAUCAUCUCAAUCAGUUUUCAAAUGCGAUUGGAAGCUACAGUCGUACUUACCAAGGAGCCUCUGUCACGCACCGUACCGGGGAGUCCUGUCGCCAUCAAAUUGCGGCAAUCUAUUUCUGCGAGCAGACAUACCUUGAGUCGAGUCCACACAACAAGCGCGUGGUACAAUUGACUAAGAAAUCAUAAGGAACAGAUUUUUAUAAAUCAUUCAAUCAAUGGUGGUCCACCAAAAUAUUUAACAUUGUUUUACUUUGUUG